AUGAAACUUUAGCAGAGCAUUAAUUAAACUUUAAUUUAAUUAAUUACUUAAAUUGUAAUGAAAAACUUCAAGUAUAUGGCUAAAUUUUAUAGAUUUAAGGAAUGAUGGUGAAGUUAUAACUUUAAAAAGUUACUAAAUCUGUAUAUAAUUAAGAGUUUUAAUUAAAAGAUUAUUAAUUGGAUAGUUUAAUUGCCUUUUUUUGAAAAAGAACCAAAAGUUAGUUAAAAUUAUAUAAUCUAUGAAAAGCUUAGGCAUCUAAACUUUAAAUUUACUUAUUCAAAUAAAAUUUGGAGGUUGAUAAAAUUAUUUUGUCAAAUCAAUCCUUACUAAUUUUUUUUAUACCAAUUCUUAACUUAAUCAGCUUUAAAUCAUACUUAUUAUGGAGUUGACUUCGCUGAAUUUCACUAUUGCGAUGCUUUCAAAAGGUUUUCUGAAAUUAAAAAAUAUCAUUAUUAUUGUAUUAAUGAUUUAAAAAGAAAAUAUAUUUGA